AUGUGGGUCUGUGCAUACAAGUUUGACGAGAAUGGGUAUAUUCUCAAGUUCAAAGCUCGUAUUUGUGCAAGAGGAGACCUUCAAUGGACAGACCAGGAGACCUACGCUGCCACUUUAGCUGCACAAACGUUCCGUGCAACAACAGCCAUUAUUGCAGCCUACGACUUAGAAACCCGAUCAUACGACGUAAUCAACGCCUACGUUAAUGCCAGAUUAAAACAACCAAUCAGAUGUAAGUGUCCUGAGGGAUACGAACAAAGUGGGUUGGAAUGGGAAGUAAUCAUGGCUUUGUAUGGCCUCAAAGAAUCAGCCCGUCUCUGGUAUGAUGAUAUUGUCAAGACCCUCGCUGAGUUUGACCUCUACCCAGUCCCUGGAGUCCAUUGCCUCUUCUCAAAUAGCUGGCUUACCCUUAACUUACUAUGA